AUGUCUGCCGCUCUCGACGCGCAGAGGCUCCGCCUCGCCUUUGAGUCUCGCCCUGACAUCAUUAAGAGCAUCGAGGCUGCCGCUGAUUCUCCGAGUCGAGUGAACUUGUUCAAUAACAUUGCGAGUUUCGUGUACGAUCUCCAGACGAAUGGCGAACCCGCUGCGAAGCGAAGGCGAGUAGGUGAUGGACGAGACGGCCUAAACGGAGCGAAUGGCGCCGAUGCUGCGCAGGAGCCUGUUCUCCUGGAAAUCAAGGAAAUUUCUAUGUCUAUCCCGCAGAGGAAGAAGUUCGAUCUGUGCUUCACGGCGAACCAUCUCUAUGCAAGGGCGGCGAAUGCCCCUGGUCCGGUUCAAGGGAUCGUGUACCACUGGCAGGACAUUGAAUACGCCUUCUACCUUCCGGUUCCGGAAAAGGCCCAGGUCCAACACAACUACAUCCUCUUCCCCAAGGGCACCUGCCUCGCCUCCCUCAAAGGCAUCGCGUCAGCGACCGACCCCCUCGUCUUCACAGUGCCAGCCACGCCCCCAAAACAAGGCACGAUUGGCGGCUCCAACGCCGCCAAAGCCUCGACCUACGCCGAUUCUUACCAAACUCUCUUCCACUGGGCCCUCAAGGACCACCUUCGCAAGGCCGGCAACGCCAUCGACAUCGUCUCGACUGAUCCCAACAAGUUCCACAGCGUCAUCGCGCAACCGCACAGGCCCAAGGAGAGGGCGGUGCACGUCAAGGCCUUCCGGGGCUCGAAGGAUGGAUACCUGUUUUUCCUCGAGAACGGCGUUUUGUGGGGCUACAAGAAGCCGCUCCUUUUCAUUCCGCUCGAUCGCAUCUCUGCCGUUAGUUACACGAGCGUCCUGCAGAGGACUUUCAAUAUUGUGGUUGAGGUGUUUAUGGGAGAGGGAGAGUCGACGGAGGUGGAGUUUGGCAUGGUUGAUCAGGCGGAUUAUGCGGGUAUUGACGAGACCUACGUCAAGAAGAACAGGCUGCAGGAUCGCAGCAUGGCGGAGCAGCGAAAGGCUAAGCUCGAGCUUGCCGAGAAUAUCCGAGCGGCGAAGAAGGCUGGAGGCGCCGGCGAGGACGAGGAGGCUCAGGGAGACAAUGCCGAGGCUCCGGAGGCCGGUGGAAUGUCUGAACUCGAGAAGGCACAGCUCGAGGCGGAGCAGAAGCUUCAGGACGAGGAGGACGAGCUCGAGGAGGAUUACGAUCCUGGUAGCGAUGGCGACAGCGAUGGAUCCGGCUCAAGCAGCGAGGAGGGCGACGACGAAGAUGGUGAGGAAGAGUACGACGAAGAGGAGGAUGGCGACGGUGACGGUGAAGAGGAUGGCGGUGAGGAAGGUGAGGAGGAGAUGGCAGAUGCCGAGGAAGAGGUGGUGGAGGAAGCUCCUCCCGCCCCGAAGCCGAAGCAAAAGGGAGUCACUCAGGUGCCCCACGCCGAUGUGGAUGAUCAUUUUUCUCAUUCGCCCUACGGAAAUGAUGACGAGAUGGAUGUUGAGGAAAGGUUUGACGUUGUCGGAUAA